AUGGCGGGGGAAUACAUAAUGACUCUGGAGUCUGACGCGGAGGACGAUCCAGUAAAACCCGACAAAUUACCUCCCAACGAAGACACUCAAUUAGAUCCCGACUUCAGUUUCGACGUGACUAGCGACCCAUACGCCGAUAUACUUGGCGAUUCCAGUCAUAUAGCGGACAUUGUGCAGGCUGGUUCAAAGCCGCAACCUAUAUCCGUGGAUGACAUUAUUGCUCGACGGCAAGUUAGGGCUAAACGGAAAAGACAAGAGGUUGAAGACGAAGGUACUAGCGACGAGGAACAUUCGGCCGACUCCCAAGAUGAUGAUUCUGAUACGGACGACGAGUUCGCUUGGCCGGACGCACCAGAUGUUGAGGACCCACUAUCUGCCUCUGAAGGGUCCGAGUCCGACGGUGCUAUGCCAGAGGAUGAAGAAGCCGACUCUGCGGAGGAGGACGAUGCAGACGAUGCUUCGGACGACGGUGAACCCGAGACACAAGCCGAGCUGGACAGGAGGGCAGCAUUCUUCGAUUCCGAGACGACAACCUCCGAUCACCUCACAUCAUUCCUUGCUAUGAACCUCUCUCGACCUCUCAUAAAAGCUAUCACAGCAUUAGGGUAUCACAAACCGACUCCAAUCCAGUCCGCUACAAUCCCUGUGGCUCUCCUUGGAAAAGAUGUGGUUGGAAAUGCCGUCACAGGUUCAGGGAAGACGGCAGCAUUCAUCAUCCCAAUGAUAGAGCGGCUUCUUUAUCGAGAGAAGGGCAAAAAAUCUGCAGCCACCCGUUGCCUUAUUCUUGUACCUACGAGAGAACUUGGUGUCCAGUGUCUCGACGUCGGGAAGAAAUUAGCGUUACACACAGACGUCGACUUUUGCCUUGUCGUCGGCGGGCUAUCGUUAAAGAUCCAAGAGGCUGCGCUGCGAAACAAGCCAGACGUGGUGAUUGCUACACCAGGACGACUUAUUGAUCAUAUACGGAACUCACCAACAUUUACACUCGACGCCCUUGAUAUUCUCGUCUUGGAUGAAGCCGACAGGAUGUUAUCCGACGGAUUCGCAGAUGAGCUCACUGAGAUUGUCAAAUCAUGCCCCAAAUCUCGUCAAACCAUGCUAUUCUCAGCCACAAUGACGGACUCCGUUGACGAGCUAGUAAGAUUAUCACUCGAUAAGCCUGUUCGAUUGUUUGUGGAUCCUAAACGGACAACUGCUCGAGGGUUGGUACAGGAGUUUGUGCGUGUUCGCGCAGGGAAGGAGGCGGAACGCCCUGCUUUGCUUGUAGCCCUCUGCCGGAGAACGUUCAAGUCGAACGUCAUUAUCUUUCUUCGCAGUAAGAAGUUGGCCCAUCAAAUGCGAAUCGUCUUUGGUCUUCUCGGGAUGAAGUGUGAAGAAUUGCAUGGUGAUCUUACCCAGGAGCAGCGUUUGCGAUCCCUUCAGCUAUUCAGGGAUGGAUCUGUGGACUUCCUCAUGGCUACAGAUCUAGCGUCUCGAGGCUUGGAUAUCAAGGGAGUCGAAACGGUCAUCAAUUAUGACAUGCCAAGUCAACUCUCCCAGUAUCUACACCGAGUCGGACGCACGGCGAGAGCUGGCAAGCAAGGACGUUCUGUCACUCUUGUCGGAGAAGCCGAUCGCAAAAUGCUCAAAGCUGCUAUUAAGCGUGGCGCUGGGGAGGAUCAAGUGAGGCAUCGCAUAGUCCCGUCAGAAGCUAUCGCAAAAUGGACGACGAAGCUUGAUUCGCUGAAGAGUGAGAUAGCGGAAAUCAUGAAAGAGGAGCGGGAAGAAAAACAGUUGCGGCAGGCCGAGAUGGAACUCAAAAAAGGUCAGAAUAUGAUCGAGCAUAAAGAUGAGAUCUUUUCUCGGCCCGCUCGGACAUGGUUUCAAAGUAGCGCACAGAAAGAGCAAGCGACAGUGCUUGGGAAACAACAACAUCAAGGCAAUGACCCCAAGAAACAGUCUUCCAAAGGCGAGGAUGUCAAGCCUAAACGAGAUAAAUUUUCUGGCCUUUCAAGGAAGGCCAAACGGAGGAAGAUGGCGAGAGAAGAGGACGAAGCUGUUGGGGACGGGAAGGCCCUGAAUGCUGCCAUACGAUCAGCCAAAAAGGCCUCUCGUCCCAGCAAGAUUGGUCUUCCAGAUACAGCCUCUCGGCACGCCAAAAGCAAAGGCGCCGCGCGGAAGAAGUCCCGCGUCGGGUUUGAGAAGGACUUAGGGCAACGGAAUACCGAGGGCACUCGAGCAAAAAAGGGAGAUUCAAUUGGAGGGAUGGGCAAAAAGGCUUCUAAGCGGAGGAAGCUCAAGUAA